AUGACGAUGCGAGGUACAAAGAUCACGAGUCGAGGAAGUUACGAAUCAGUCGAGCAGGUCACGAGUGGUACGAUAGCCUCUUACAAAAAUGGACGAACGGCACUAUCAGACGACAGACACAACUACAGGGUUGAUCCAAGAGUUGGGAUUAUGAAGUACUAUCGAGAAUACGCUGCGCUCUGUGAGGUAAAGGAACGACGGGGCUCCGUGAACGCGAUGUUAAGUGGAAGAUUCCCGGAUAUAAUUAACGAUACAAAGACAUGCCAAGAGAAUAAGGGACUUGUGGAUUAUUGGGCGCGUGCUCUUUAUAAUGAUUUACACGUCCAUGAUGCUCAUAUUACUGGAAAAACUCGAGUAGAUGGUCAGCGCGCGGAGCGAACAUCAGGGACAUCAUCGAAAUGUAAAAAUUACGAUUUGAAAGGAAUCGAAAGUUAA